UGGGGUCUGCCUUCUGGAACAAGCUCUGCUCUGAGCACGGGAUAGAGGAGGAUGGUGUGCUGCGGACAGAUGCUGUGCAUGGAGAGGACAGGAAGGACGUCUUCUUCUAUCAGGCGGAUGACGACCACUACAUCCCACGCGCUGUACUUCUGGACCUCGAACCACGGGUCAUUCAACAUGUACUGAGUGGGUCUCAUGGUAAGCUGUACAACCGAGAGAACGUGUUUAAAGCCACCGACGGCGGAGGUGCUGGCAACGUAUGGGCCACGGGAUACGAACGCAGCCAGAAGCAACAGGAAGACAUCUACGACAUCAUCAACCGCGAGGCGGAGAAUAGCGAUAGCUUGGAGGGCUUUCAAAUGACUCAUAGUAUCGCUGGAGGUACUGGGUCAGGGAUGGGCUCUCAUGUACUUGAGAGGCUCAACGAUUGGUUUCCGAAGAAAGUGCUGCAGACAUACUCUGUUUUUCCUGGCGCGGAUACCGUCGUGCAGGAGUACAACUCCGUGCUCACCCUCAAGCGACUCACCAUGAAUGCCGAUAGUGUGGUAGUACUGGACAAUACGGCCCUAAAUAGCAUUGCAGUGGACAAGUUACACAUCGAGAAACCAACCAUGGAGGACAUAAACCAUUUGGUGUCGACUGUCAUGUCUACUAGCACAGCCACACUGAGAUACCCAGGAUACAUGAACAAUGACCUGGUGGGCAUGAUAGCCUCGCUCAUCCCCACCCCACGGUUGCACUACCUGAUGACUGGCUACACACCACUGACUGCGCUGGGCAAAACGUCUACCAGUGUACGUAAAACGUCUGUGUUGGAUGUGAUGCGACGCCUACUGCAGCCACAGAACAGCAUGGUCUCAGUCCCUACGCAGAAUCAGGGCUGCUACAUAUCGAUUCUGAAUACGAUACAAGGCGAUGUCGAUCCAACGGAGGUGCAUCAGUCACUGCAGAGGAUACGCGAGCGCAAACUCGUUAAGUUCAUCCCUUGGGGCCCUGCAAGCAUACAGGCAAGGCUUGCAUACAAGUAUACUAACACAUGCAUGGGACCACUGAAUGUGUCUUACGGUCCAUUGUCUUUCGCACAGCUGUUCAACAGAAUUUGCACAAAGUUCGACAAAAUGCGCGCGCGCGGGGCGUACUUGCAAGAGUUCAAAAAGUCUGACAUUUUUAAAAAUGGCUUCGAAGAAUUCGACGACUCGAGGCAAGUAGUCGAUGAACUCAUUCAGGAAUACACCGCAGCAGAGCGACCAGACUAUAUCGAAUGGGGUGGCCCCCAGAAGAUGCAAACAGGUACGCGUGAGAAUCUGAUUGGCAGUCAAACCGGUGCGGGCGGACUCCACAAUCACCGAGACAGGCCAGGUGUACCUGCAACAGGCCCAAAAGCUCCAAACAACAUGCAAUCGUAG